CUUUACUAGUAAUACUAUUGGAAUAAUGCCAGCAACCAUUGGCUGCUUAUUGUUGUUAUUAUUAGAGAAGUUUGGAAUAUAUGCGUGCCCCUCGUUCUCUUACUUUACUCAACGCGUGAAACUAAUUCAUAAAAAUGAGAUGUCUUUCUGGCAAGAUAAGGAGAGCCGACUAUUAAAAAAAAUAAUCUGUCGCUACAUUUUUCAAAGCAGUUUACUAACAAAAGUGUAACAUAUAAAACAAACAAUGACAAAUAUAUGUAUAAUUGAACUGAUUUGUAGGUAAUCUGCAAGUAUGACUGAUUUCCUUCUAGCAAUAACCAUGAUCAAUGUCUUACGUUCCUUUUAAGAGGCCACAAACCUACACGAUAUUGAAUCGUUUUCCUUUAUUAUUGCUGUCUGGCCACAUAUAUGAAAUGCUGUCUUAACCAAAGGGGUUCACAAAGGAAGCUGGGGGUAAUGAAGGAGGUAGACAUAUAUAAAAAAGUGUGUUGUGAUAUCAUAAUGCAAGUUCUUUGUUUUAAGUAUUUGGCGUGUUAUCAGGAUACAACUAAAAGAGGUUGCAUAUGAAGUGAUAACUCAUGGAAAUAGAAGAAGUGGCCUACAAAAAAUUAUGCCAGAAUGUGUUUGUGUGUGUGUGCAUGCGCACACACACAUGUGUGUUUAAAUUACUACUCCCCCCAAAACAUACAUAUUUGAAAAAAAGAUAUUUUGAAAUGUGUUAGGACAAUACAAUCAUAAUCAACUGUAGCAGUGGGAUGCAUAAAAUAAAUAAGCCAGAAUAUAUGUGUGAGUGUGUGACUGUGUGUGUAUUUAAAUUACCGCAAGACCUAUAUGCUUCCACAAAAAUAUUUCAUUAGGUCAUCUUCCCCCAAAAUAUACAUAUUCAAGAUUUUGAAAAAAAGAUAUUUUGUAAUGUGUUAGGACAAUACAAUCAUAAUCAACUGUAGUAGUGGGAUGCAUAAAAUAAAGUCUGAAGUCCAUAUCUAGUGUACGUAUAUAUGCAUACGAUAAAUACAUAUUUGUGUGUGGUAUGUCUUUGUGUGUGUCUUUGUAAGUAUAUGAAUAUAAAGUUUUGCAUAUAUAAAUUUGCUACAGUACAGAAAAUUAACUGCUUAGAUGGCAGGAAUUCUGUACAAUACAUUUAACUAGGAGUUUAGCAUACAGAGGUCAGGAUCACCAAAUAGCAGCCUAAACAAAACUGGGCAUUAAUUAUCCAUUAAGUCAGAAUUGAAUGGUCAUUUUGAUUUAGAGAAUAUGUCUUUUAAGUAAAAUAAUAAAAAUCUAAGUUGCAUAAUUAAUUGUUCAUGUCACCAUUUUUGGAAUCGAGUUUUCUUAAUUAUGUAUGGCACUCAUAACAUAAGAGAAAAAUAUAGAUGUUUUAAUCUACUAUAUUUUUUUGUUAUAUACAGCAAACAUAGUAUAGUAACCCCCUUGAAUAGUGUAUGUUUAGUAACACUCUUUUUACUCUGAUUACUUGUUCUUAAGAAGACAAUUGUUUUUCUGGAGCCGUUCAUAAUCCAUACAGGUGGCAAUUUACCAAUUCUGGACUUGCAGGCAAACUUUCAAAGAUCCAAUUCCCUCCAGGAAAGUGAGAUAGAUAGACAAAUCGCCCACAUAUCGGGUUUAAGCUUGGCAUAUUAUCCUUAAAGACCGUUUGGAAAAGGAAGGAGAAAAGCAGUCUUAUCUCCAUCCCAUACAGAACAGCGCAAUUCUUUCCGGCUCUUCGGAACCGCUUGAACGAAGCCCAUAGGAAGACCAAGCAACGUCUAGAAUUGGCUCCGAGGCCUUGCCGUAAGCGUCUUUGCUGUCUAGGAAACCAGGCGACGGUCACAUUCGGGCGCUCAGCUGGGAAGGAUUUAUGUUCACCGUCUAAUCUUGCAUACGGGAGACGGCGACCAACACUCGUGGCAACCACGCAUGGUAUACUAUGGAAAACCUCAUGGACUUGUACUCCACCGAAGAUGGAUAUAACAGCAGCAACAUUGUUCUUGAAAAACAAGUAUUUAGAUCGAAAGUACCAGAAUCACAUGUUCAACUGGCUUGUAGCCUCCAUUACUGUGCUUUUCCCUUAAAUGGAAAUGAACUUUGUAUUUGGAAUAUGAGUGAUGAUCCCAACCAUCAGCCAUUACACUUAACAGGUCAUCACCACUCGAUUACUGCACUGGCAUUUGGGACCAAAGUCAAUCCUCUCCUUCUUUGCUCUGCUUCCCAUGAUUAUGUGAUAGUUUGGAAUCUGGAUGAAUGUACAAAGAAGGUGCUAGAAGGGUUAAUGCCACAAGGUAUUGUGAUAGGGACACUUCUGGGGAUGGUGCUUUAUGUUCGUUUUAGUCCAGAUGAUCAGACUGUGGCAGUAUGUGCUGGUAAUCGAAUCUACAUCCUAAAUGCAAAGGAUGAAACAAUACUUUCUGAACUGGAAGGCCAUCUAGCACCAGUAACUGCUGCUGAAUUUUGUACUUGGGAGAAAAAUAUACUUAUUUCAAUUUCUGAAGAUAGAAGUUUUAAGGUUUGGGAUUACUCUCUUGGAUUGCUAAUAUAUCAAUCAGCAGUAAUAACGGCGUUUCCUCUUUUAAGUCUCUUUAUUGACGAAGCAAAUAAACAGAUUAUCACUGGAUGUGCAGAUGGACAGCUGUGGAUCUUCAGCUUGAUUAGUGGACAUCAAUAUCGCUGUGUAAUUCAUAUUAAUAUAAAGAAAGAGAGGAAAAGGUUUUACAACAAAAUAACAAAGUUUGAGCAUUUGGAUCAGAAGCAGAAUAUUUCUCAGACAUGUACUGUGAGCAAUAUAGAAGAAGAAGAUGUGGUUGAAACUACCUUUCCAAUCCUUAGAAUUGAACACUGUGAUAACCCAGCAAAUUUUGGUGCUGAAGAAUCUAGAUUUCCUGAAGUGAGUACCCAGUAUUUGUGGAUUGGAAGCUCUACUGGUUUAUUCAUAAUUAACAACGCAAACUUUGAGUUGGAAGCUGCUUUACAUUACAAAGAUUUCACUGGUCUUAGUAUUCAGAUUGCUGGAUCCUGUGCUUUAAGGAGGAAGGCAGUCAAUGGUAAGGUUUUCUGUUUGCUGACUUCUAUGUUGGAGAACAAAAUUGUUUUACUGGAAGUUAACGUUGCUGCUCUGUUGAGAUGCCAGCAGAAUAGUCUCCUUUUAAGUGGAAAGGAGGAAGGCUUUUCUGCUGUUGCAAGAUAUCCUCUUCUUGUGACCUCUCCCUUGUACCCAAAGAAGGAAAAAGCCAAACUUGUAAAUAAAACAGGUACAAAAACCCAAAUAAAAGACAAGCCAUUGGUUUUUCAUAACAAAAUUAAAUCAUCAGGUUAUACAGCAGCACCACACAUGGUCAUGUUUUCCCCAAAUUCAAAAGUAAAGCACAACAGGUUGACAUCGGAAUGCAAGAGACGUUGGAGACAAAGAAAUAAGGAAGACUAUCCACUUGGAAAAUCUCCUCCAACCAAAAGUGUGAGGCAAAUUACUGUAACUGAUAAACCAACUGCCAUAUGCUGUAUUCAGCAUUCAGGAAAUGGAGAGUUAUUAGCUUGUGGUUUAGCUGACAGAACUUUGCUGGCAUUCAAAUCAAACCUUAUAGGAGAACCAACUGUUUAUUCAGGACACGAUGGUGCUAUUACCUCAGUUGGUUGGAGCCAUGACAACAAUUGGCUUGUUUCUUCUUCUGAAGACAGAACAUUAAAGAUCUGGUCAGUCAGCAGUGCAGAGCCCUCUUUAUGUCUGGGAAACAAUAUAUUUCACAAAUCUAUCCGAUCAGCCCAGUUUUAUUAUAUAGAUACAUUCAUAUUAUUGUCCUGUGGAGCAGAAUUUUAUUUAUUAAGAUACUAUCUUGACACCAGCAAAGAUGAGAUAAAACGAUAUAGAACAAAGAGUAUUUGCAAAUCAAUACAGAAAUUUCCAAUGUCGUCUACGGUGGAAAUUACCAGUCUUGCAGCAGUGAAUGACUUCUAUUCCUAUAUUGUAUUGGCAGCUGGGAGUAACAGAGCUCUAGAAAUAUUUGACCUCAACGUGGGCUGUAGUGCAGCACUGAUAAGAGAUGCUCACUCUAGAUCAGUUCACCAGAUUUGCCAAAAUAAGGGAUCAUCUUUUAGCUGUCAACCACAUGAAGCUUACAAUCUCUUUUUAACAGCAGCCAUUGGUGAUGGCAUCAAACUUUGGGAUUUGAGAACAUUAAGAUGCGAGCGCCGAUUUGAAGGUCAUAAUAGCCGUUGUCAUCCAUGUGGAAUUAGUGUUUCUCCUUGUGGCCAGUUCAUCGCUUGUGGAUCUGAAGAUAAAUGUGCUUAUAUAUAUGAGAAGCAUUCCAGCACCUAUUCUUAUAAACUGACAGGACACACUGAAUCUGUAAUCAAUGUGGCUUUUAAUCCGUCAUCUCCCCAGCUCAUUACAGCUACCUUGGAUGGCAAAUUGCAAUUGUUUCUACCCUGAUAAUGAUCAGACCUGGCAUCUUUGGUUUUCCUGCAUCGAUAAUUAAACUUCUUGAAAGAAAAAAAAAAGAUAUAUAGCUGAGCAUGGUAACUGGGCAAGCUGUAUAGCAUAUUUUAAUUAAAUAGAGUCUUCCAGAUUUGUUCUACUAUUUGUCAACCAACUGGGAUUUGCUUAAAAAAAUAAUUUUACUGCUGGAAAAGCAGCUUCACAGGUGAUACCAAAUGAAAGAUUUUAAAUAUUUUGUGUACUUAGAUUAUUUUUAGCUCAAGAGUUAAAUUUCUGUAGUGUAUAAAUUUCUAAUGUGUUUUACUGAUAUUUUGGGUGGUUGUUUCUAUAACCAUCCUUUAACCAUUCUAUAAUUUUUUAUUAUUACACAGAUUAAAUAAAACUUUUGCUCUUCAGUUGCUUGCUAACACCUAAACCUCAAUAAUAAAGAAACAGUCUACUCAUUCCUUUUGCAUCUUGAUUUAAUUAUAGAGACCAUCUGAUAUGUUAAGAAUUUCCUUUGGAUUUGGAAAUGCUAGCAAUAUUUUAAUAGAUUUCAUGUACCUUUGAUUUUAUGUGGUCAAUAGACACUAUUAUGCAAUGCAUUUCUCCUUUUCCUCUAAAAAUUCUUUAGUUGUCUAAUAAUAUAUGACUCUUUUUAAAAAAGAAUCAUAGAAAAUGCCACUUUCUCAACAAGAGUGUUAAAAUAUCAGUAAGGAUAGGUAUUUUUUGCAGGAUUUUUAAAAGUUAAUGUUUAACUAUGCUUAAUGUUCUUUCAUACAACUGUAAAUCUCCUGGAAUAAAGUAAAAUAAGUUAAUAAAGUAAAAUAGAUAAAAAUAAUAAAUAGUUUCACCAUUCUCAGAACUAUAAGAAUGGAAGCUCAAUCAAAAUAAAGGCCACUAUGAUUUAAGACACAUUUAUUUCACUAUUUAUACUUUCCAUAAUAUGGAAACAAGUGGUCAUUGGAUACAAAUUCUUCAGUAAAUUAGUCAGAAGAUUUUUAAAUAAUAUGGUGUGAGUGAUCAAAAUGUGUUUAGUUAAUUGUGGAUAAUUAUAAUACUUAUGAAAUAUUUAAUUAGAUGUAAUGUAUAUUAAAAUAAAUCCUGCUGAUAAUAAUAAAAAAAGCUUGAUGGGAUCAAUAUCCAAUAUAUUAUUUUUAUAAUGGCAAGCAGCAAUUUGUUAUGCUUACACUAAGAAUCCUUAUAGAUUACAUGUUUAAAAGAAAUAUUCUGCCAUAUGAGAAGGAAUAUAGUCUAAUAUUUGACAUGUAGUUACAAAAUAAGCCUUUUGGUUCAAUCUUCAAAGGCAUCCAUACUUUUAGCAGUAUGAUUGCCGAAAGCACAGAUGCCUCUGAAAGAGUAGAUCACCAGUAGAAUAUUGCUUGAUAGGAAUUCUCCUGCUGUUUAUAGUGAAUUUAAACCUUUAUAUAAUACUUGAAUAGGGAUAGACCCCCUCCCUUUAUGCAGAAUAAUGGUCUGUAGUGGCAUAGGAGAAGGGGUGAAGCUGCUGUAAUAAUUUCUGCUUCUUCAGCUAUGGCCCCAUUCCCAUUUUUUUAGAAUUCUCAUUUCUCCUUUUCAAUAUUAUCUGCCUCUUUGUCUCUAUUCUGUCUCUCUCUUUGUGUCUAAAGGAUAACUCCUUAUCUGAAAAGUAAUAUGAAAUAUUAUAUUCCAUAAAUACAGUACCAAUCGAAAUGUAAAAGAAGCAGCUGAAGUUGCAGGUUGCUAUGCAAAAGGUCCUUAAGUUUGUUGUACAAUUUAAUGAAUCUAUUUAUCAAAGUCAAAUUUCUGUUUUUCCAAACAAUGAGUGUAAAUUGCUGCAUUUGAUAGGCUAUUCAAGUUGAACUGUCUUAUCAUUGAGCUAACCGACAAGGUUUCUGCAGUUUUGUAUUUAAAUUCUUUAUGUCAUGUUUGUACAGGAGGGAAAAUUUGUUUCACUUAAAACUGUGAGUGAUGGAUCUUCUUCAGUGGAUAGAUACCAUUUACCAUCUGUUGGGUGUAUUUAACUUUUUUUUGCUGACUGAUCAGUAUGGCAAAGAGUCAAUGCAAAUUAGCACUUGACAAAAUCCUGUAUUGAGGAAAUAGCUAGUGCAUAUAGUAAUUACAAGACUAGAUGAUUUUCAUGGAGAUCUCUCAAGGCAGUCCAACAAUCAAACAUCCAAUGCUGACACCAUAAGAAAACCAUUUAAAAAUAAAAAUGAUCAACAGAUGAGUAGCUGUUAGUUGAAAGCUAGGCAAUCAGAUCACAGUCAUGUACAAUCUAGACAUUUCUCAUGGCUCAUGUAUAGUUGUAGCUGUAUUUGGACAAUCUUACAAGACUUAUUACAAGACUAACUGCUGCCCCUCUGUUGAUCAUUUUUUGUUUUUAAAUGGUUUUCUUCUUGUGUCAGUGUUGGAUGUUUUGAUUAUUGGACAGUAUGAAAUCCCUUAUGAAAUAUACACUGCAAAAAAUGCAAACACAUAGACACAGGUGCAGACAAAUUGAUCAGAUCAAUAGUUUAUUUCUGCAAUUGUUCAGACUCCAGAUGUUUUGGUAAUUUUUUAAAAUUCUCACAUUGAAGAAAAUUAAUUAAAAAAAAACCUGUUCCAAAUUGCUAGAUUUCUUUGCCAAUGGUCCCACCAUCACAAUAAAUUGUUAUUUCUGAUUAUUCUA